AGUCCCCUUAUCCCCAAGCAGCAGAAGAAGAGAAAGGAUGAUGAGUCUCUCCAUUGCCUCACCUUCAGGUAUUAGCUUCACUUCCAAGAUUAACCUCUCCAAGUCCUCCUUCCAUGGAAAUCAGAUUCCUAAAAUCAUUCAGGCGCGUGCACCAAACGCGCCUCCUCAUUCUUGUUCGUCUUUGGUGGUGAAAAUGGCAAAGAGGGAAGAGGAAUUGAAGGAAAUCAGAACUAAGACUACUGUAGAGCUUCAGGAAGAGAUUGUGGACCUUAAAGGAGAACUUUUUAUGCUUCGUCUUCAAAGGUCGGCUCGAAAUGAGUUCAAGUCCAGCGAGUUUCUGAGAAUGCGCAAAAGGAUUGCAAGGAUGCUUACAGUUAAACGGGAGAGAGAGCUUGAAGAAGGGAUUAACAAGAGGAUAUCCAGGAAGCUUGACCGGAAAUGGAAGAAAAGCAUUGUCCCUAGACCACCCCCCUCUUUGAAGAAGCUACGAGAGGAGGAGGCAGCAGAAGAAGCAAAGGAAUCUGCCUCCUGAUUUACAGACACUUUAACUAGCAGGCAAAUGUAUUUUUUUUCUGGCUUCUCCUCUCAUUUGGUUGCUUCCCCAUACAUAUUGUCUAUAACUGCUCCUGAAUUUUUGUAUUAAACCAACUUAAUUUGCAAGUGAUCAUUCUUAACUAUGUUCCCAAUCAUUGA